AUGGGCCGGCGUUUCAAGUUUGAAAGUUUUUGGCCCAAGGUUGAGGGAUUCGUGGACACGGUCAAGCAGGCAUGGCACACCGUAUCUUCCCAAGGAAACCCUUUUAUAGUCCUGGAUAGUAAGUUACACGCCACUGCCAAGGCCCUGCAAAGCUGGAGUGAUCCUUGGAUCGGCAACAUUCGCCUUCAACUCUCCAUCACAAUGGAAGUUAUUGGUAGGCUGGACGUGGCGGAGCCACCAAAACCUAUCCCCCACCACCAGCCCCACCCGUCUCCCUUCUUGCCCUUCUCCAGCUUCCUCGACCUCCGUAACCCAGCGACCUCGCGGUGGUUCCUCGGCCCGCCCUCCCCCUCCGCGACUCCCCCACCCGCCGCCUCCUCGAACUCCAGCAACCAGUUCGACGUCCACCUCGGCGGCCUCCUCUCCGGCGGCGCCACCAUCCAGAUCUUCCUCGAGGGCUCCUCCUUCCCCGAUGGAUUCAUCUCCUCGCCCGCCCCCGGCGCCGGCGGGGUCAGCCUCGUCAACUACUUCAUGGGAUCCGGCCUCAAGCAGCUCAUCCAGCAGCUUGCGGAGAACGACCGCAGCCGCUACGACACCCUGCCCACCGCCAAGGCUGCGGUUGCCGCCCUCCCUGAUGUCGCCGUCGAUGGGGGCGCCCAGCACGUCCUCCAAAAGGACUGCAUCCUGCCAUGGCUUGACCUCCACAGCUCCUCCCUGUCUGCCGCCAUCUAUGUCCACCAGUGCCAGGCAGCUGCCGCUGCGGCGGCGGCACCUGCGGCCCCAGGUGGUGGCCCUUCGCCUAGGGUCAUGGUGAGGAGGUUCAGGAUCUCACUGCCGUGGCCUCUCAGGGCCGCUUUUGGAGCUCAGCGGGCAGAGAGCAGCGACCAGGACGCUGUUGGCUAUGGCGACUACAAAAACGAUGGGAAUGCGAGCGGUCGCUCGUAUGAUGAUCUCGACUGAGGCACUUGAAAGGAUG